CCACCUUCUCUCUUAGGGCAGGUAGUGGACAUCACUUCCAAUGUGAAACCAUCCACACGCCACCGCAUGUGGGACAAGACUCUCCUUUGCCUGAUCCAUCCCUUGCAGUAGCGCUUUCUUCUGAUCCAUCCAUGCAGCUUGUUUCGGUUGAUUGUUUGGGGCCGUGGGGGGAAACCGGUCCGUACUGCAGUACAGCUUGGCGGAUUUUCGGCGCAAUACGGGGCCAAACACGCCGCACUACAGCCCUGCUGCCAUUGUGAUCAGCAGAGCCGGCGGGUGGCACCUGGGUCUGUUCUGGCCGUCCUGGGCGGUCGCCUGGUGUCAGCCCCGAGGCCAGAGGCGCCGGCCGCCCUUGCCAAUAUGGCUUCAACACGGGGGGUGCAUGCAGUGCUAAUUGUGGCCAUGGCAGCGGCGCUGGUGGGGUGCGGCGCAACCAGCAUCUUUGACCGAGAGCAGUGCGGGCGCCUGGGGCAGCGGUGCUGCGAGCUCCAGGUGGAAGAGUACAAGUUUGUUGAGAUAUGCGAGGGCGGCGACCUGUACUGCCUCAACUUCCCCAGCGAGGACUUUGACACCUCCGACGGCGGCAGCUUCGACGGCAACAGCAGCAGCAGCGGCGGCGGCAGCGGCGGCGGCGACGGCGGGCAGCCGCUGUCGCUGUGCCUGCCGCUGCCCGACGGGUGCGGCGAGGCCGGCGGCGUGUGCUGCCCGCUGACGGGCAACAAGACCAACGGCUCGCUGCGCUGCCAGGCCGACAACAGCAUAUGCAUGGCGCCGCAGAGCGACACCAUCUAUGGCCUGCUGACGUACGAGCUAUACACGCAGCUGGGGCAGGACCCGCAGGCCUCCCUCUCAGGCGAGGUGGCCCUCAGCCUGUGGGGCACCUGCCAGACCUUCGACCCGCAGCAGUGCGGCACGCCGGGCAGCCUGUGCGGCGCCAGCCUGGCGCCACCCGGGCCACAGUGCCCGGAGGACGCGCGCGACUGCCCAGACGGGUACUACUGCCAGGUGCAGGAGGGGCAGUACGAGGAGUUUGGGCUGUGCGCCGCCAUCCCCGAGGGCUGCGGCGAGCUGGGCGCCGCGUGUUGCGGGGCCGGCAACUACAGCCAGGGCAGCUACCGCACGCCCUUCUGCUGGGGGGCCGAUGUGUUUUGUGCGGCACGGGCCGACAACGUGCGACAGGCCAAGUGCAUGCAGCUGCCGCGGUCCCCGCAGGACUGCGGCGCGGCAGGCGGCCCCUGCUGCCCCGCCGCAGCCGGCCUGAUCACAGACAAGGAGCUGCCGCCGCUGUGCCAGGCACGCAGGCGCCGGUGCUGCUGGCGCGAGGGCUCCUACUGCGAUGUGGGCGGUGACGUCGUCGUGGCCCCAGGGGAGAGCGCGGGCAGCUGCGUUGAGAACCCAGCCAACUGUGGCGGCAUCGCCAAGCCCUGCUGCGUGGUCAACGGCCGCAGCGGCCUGCUGUACACCUGCGACGACGGCUUCUUCUGCCCGGAUGCCGAGGAGGGGGCCGUGUCGGGCGGCGACGGGGCCACCACCGGCGGCGUGCUGAUGGCGGCGGCAGGCGCGGGGGACCGCGUAUGCCAGGAGUGCACCCCGCUGGUGCCAGCCAAGUACCAGACUGUCUGCGGGUAUGGCCUGGACUCGGGCAACAACAACGAGGACGAGGAUUACUACUGCAACGCAGAUGAUUACUACUGCCCCGGGGACUAUGCCCCCGCGCCUGCCCCAGGGCCCUACUCUGACAGCGUGCAGCCUGGGGGCGCGGCCGCGCAGGCCCCGGCCCUGCCGCCGGCGGUGGAGGAGCUGCCGCCGCUGGGCCCGCCCACGCCAGCGCGCGCCCCGGCAUCAGGGCCGGCUCAGCAGCCGGCCCCCGGGCCCAGCCCCGACCUGGGCAUUGCUGAGCUGGAGGCUCCGCCACAGCCGCCCACAGCAGCCCCACCAGCGCUGGCGCCUGCCCCCGCGCCCACCCCCUCCCAGCCACCCGCCGCCGCGCCAUCCCCAGCGCCUGUCGACGCCUUGGUCCCCGCCCCGGGCCCCGCGCCUGACAACAUCCUGCCACCCCUGCCUGGGCCUGCCGCUGCGCCCAGCGGGCCCGAGCUCCAGCCUGCCCCAGCCCCGCAGCCCGCCUCGGCGCAGCCCCCGGCUGCCGAGCCCGCUAUGCCGGCACCCUCCACGGCGCCUGCGCAGCCACCCUCGCCCCUGCCGACGCCCUCACCCUCUCCCUCGCUGGGAAUCGCAGAGGAGCCCGCCUCGCCGGCGCCCGCCCCGGCGCCCUCCCAAACGCCGGCGCCCUCCCUGGCGCCUGCACAGCAGCCCGCCCCUCCUGGGUCCCCCCCCUCACCCGCUGACGAGGACUGGUCGUCCCUGGACUGGAUCUUCGAGGAGCUGCAGCAAGCGGUGGAGGGCAAGGGUGGCCAGGAGCCCGCUGGCGCGCCGCGGCCGACGCCCGCGCCCGCGCCCGCGCCAACGCCCAGCCCCGGCAGCGAACAGGGUUCGGAGGGCGACGGCGCGCAGGACGGCGGACAAGAGGAUGGGAGCGGCGACGGCGACGGCGACGGCGAGAGCAAUGACAGCGACGAAAGUGACGGCGGCGAGGGCGACAACGGUGACGAAGAGGGCAGCAGCAGCAGUGCUGGAAAAGGCGAAGAAGAGGACAGCAGCGGCCAAGAGGAGGGCAGCAGCGGUGAUGAAGACGACAGCAGCGGCCAAGAGGAGGGCAGCAGCGGUGAUGAAGAGGACAGCAGCGGCAAGGAAGGGGACAGCAGCAGCAGCAGCGGUAGCGACCAGGAAGACGACAGCAGCGGGCGUCGGUGCUCGCAGCGCCGCCUGUUUGCCGGGAAGGAAAUGCAGGAUACGACAGAAGACCCUCCGCUGCACAUUAACGACCUCCCAGAGUGCCUGCUGCUAGAGGUCUUCCGCCAGCUGAGCAAGCUGCCGCCGGUGACGGCGCCCGAGGAGGAGGCGCUGUACACGCGCAAGCUGCCCUUCAAAACCUUCGACUCGCCGGGGGAGGUGCACCCCGGGCUGAGGUCGUACCCCUUCCUUGCGCAGGUGUGCCGGCACUGGCGCCAGGCGCUGGAGGGUCCGGCAGCGCUGCAGCUGUGGGAGGAGCUGGUGGUGGACGUUGGGCACGAGCUGGUCACGGCGGUGCACGUGCCCGUGGCCUGGAGCGACGUGCGGCCCAGCGACGAGGAGUUCCGCGCCGCCUUUGCGGCCGUGCGCCUGCGCUCGCACCGGCUGGUGGACUUUGUGCGGGCGCGGCGGCGCGUGCUGCGCCGCCUGGUGCUGGUCAACAGCGAGGGGUACUGGGCCGAGGACGGCGAGUUUGUGCCCGUCAACUCCAAGCACAGCGUCAACCUGGGCACGCUGGGAAUUCUGCUGGGCGUGCUGGCCGACGGGUUGAAAGAGCUGCACAUCGGCCACUGCAACGACCUGUUUGCGAGCGGCUCGCCCCUGAGCACCAUUGCCAUGCUGCGGGGCCUGCGCUCGCUGGUGCUGGAUG